AUGACUAGCCAUAUCGUAGCCAAAGCAUCGCAGGCUUACGGGAAGACCAGCUCUGGUCUGGUCCCCCGAAAUGACAGCCAUCGGUCGGUGAUUAGUAUCGCCACGAUCUGCAUUGGUACAGGCCCUGGAGGGACAGUCGAUAGGAUCGCGCAGGUCGUUGUUAUUGAUCAUCGAGGUGGUGAGCUCUUCAAUGAAAUGGUUCUUCCUGAUCCUGCGGUGCCAAUCACUGACUAUCGGACGACCUCCACUGGAUUCACAGACCUCAGUUUUGUGGGAGCCAAGAGCUUGGAUUACAUUCAACGAGAAGUAACCCGAAUCACUCACCAGAAAACCAUCGUGGGUUACAAACUUUUCAAGUGCGCUAAAGACCUUAGAAUCCCGUUUACUGCUUCCGCCACCCGAGAUAUAGCUCUCUACGCGCCUUUGAUGAACGUGUUCCUUUCUCGAGACCACGCACAAAUCCUCCAGACGAAUCUUCAUAUGACCGAGAGCUGGAUCCCCCCUUUAUCAGGAAUCGUCCUCCAAUAUAUGCGCAGGACAAUCCGUGGCCCAAACACAGGGUAUGUUCAAAAUGCGAUUGAAAACACCAGAGCAUCACUAGAUGUGUAUCUUUCUCUUGCGACAGAGUGGGAAAACUCUGUGUCUUCGCAGCACCGGGUGGAUAACCCAGUCCGUAAGGAUAGGAUAGUCGACCCAAUUAGCUCAACGACCACCCCAUUGAUAGCCCAGGACGUUAUCGAUUCAAUCAUCGACUCUCUAUUCGACGACAUUUCAGCACUUCGUAUGUGCUCUUUGACGUCUCACAGAUUUCUGUAUCGUUCCCAAAGUCAUCUGUUUCGUCGAGUCCGCUUUUCGCCAGAGGGUCCGUUUCCUGACCAAUUUCUCCCCAUCAUGCGCUCUACCCCGAAUCUAGCUCUGUUUGUUCGAGAAUUGAUACUAGUAGGCUCGGCCGUUGGCAAAAAAAACCAGUGGAUAUCUUCCAAUCCUGCACUUCCACUAAUCUUAGAAUCUCUCGACAAUCUCAAUUCAGUUUCUAUUUCAUGUGUUGACGGCGCUUGUUUCCUGUCUGGGGGAUUCGAGGUGUACACUUUAUUUUUGUCAAAGCCCAUUACGACACUCGCCUUGUCAGUGAUCUUCUUCGAGAUCACGGACCAUUUCUUUAAUCUAUUGGAACAAUUCCCUUCGCUACAAAACAUCACUCUGGACAGGGUGUUUUGUCGAGGAAAUAUUUCCGCACCUGCAAGACGCGUCUCACGGGAUAUUGUAUUGAAGGAUCUCAAUAUCACUCUUUACACGGAGAGCUCUGGUUCAGGUAUUGAAAUGAUAACAGCCGACAGUUCUCCGCUGCGACUGGACCACCUCACUUCCAUUUCCGUUUUAUCCAGUUCAAUGAGUGACCUAUUGCAGCUGAAUACUGUAUUGGACACAUCCCACGAUUUUAUUGAGCGGUUGAACUUUGGUUCCGUCUCGAGCUUAUGGGAUCAGCGAGUCUUUGAUUCUUCUCAGUUGCGAUGGCAUCACAUUCCAUAUAUGUCUUUGGUAAUCACAGAUCCAGCCUGCCAUCAGUUAACUCUCGGAUCCUGGGCGCAUGCACUUCGCUUUGACGGACGGCAAUUCGCCCUGAAGCAUCUCGUCCUGGCAGCUGAGCUUUUCCUCAGCCCAGGGUUCCCCGUGUCAGGGCACACCGUUUGCGAUCGGACGCAAUGGGAGGCGAUGGACAAUGCGCUAUCGCAUAUGGGAAUGCAAAACCUUCGACGCGUGGACAUUAUUCUUCAGCCGGUCGAGGUCAAUUUUGCUAUAAGGGAAUGUAUCAUGGAAAUCAGAGGCGUGAUUGAAACUGCUUGCAGCUCAUUGAGAGAACGAAACAUCCUAUUUUUUGAUAUUCCCCCGCACGAAUACAAAUAG